AUGUCUGUGGACUUUACGUCAAAGGCGGUGGAUCUAUUGAAGCGUGCGACUACGCUUGACGAGGCGAAGGAAUAUGAGGAGGCCUACCGCUGGUACAUGGAUUCCAUUGAAGUUUUUAUGACGGCCAUAAAGUACGAGAAUAAGAAUCCGACCAAGAAGGAAAUGCUAAAGAAUAAGGUGCGUCAAGUUAUGGAGCGGGCGAAGAUGAUCAAGGAGUAUUUGGAUGGGUCAAAGGAAGGCGACAGCAAUGUUGGAAAUGCAGGCAGCACAGCGCAGAAGACCGCCUCCGCGAGUAAGAAGGCCAAGGAAGAAGAAGAGGACAAGCAACGCAUGAGGAAUGCACUGGGGGGCGCCAUCGUGCGUGUGAAACCCAACGUGAAUUGGUCACAAAUUGCCGGUCUUGAGGGGGCAAAGGAGGCACUGAAGGAGGCAGUGAUUCUACCGGUCCGCUUUCCUCAGCUGUUUACUGGCAAUCGCAAGCCAUGGAAGGGUAUUCUCAUGUACGGUCCACCUGGUACCGGCAAGUCGUUUCUUGCAAAGGCCGUGGCAACCGAGGCGGACGGCACAUUCCUGAGUGUCAGCAGUGCGGAUCUGAUGUCUCGAUGGUUGGGGGAUUCGGAAAAGUUGGUAAGAAA